AUGGAUGUGGCUUUGAACAAAGAGCAAAUCAAGGAGAUCAUCCAGGGUCCGGGAGAUGUCGAAUGGACGUAUGAGAUGCGCAGGCAAUGUCAAGAGAUCUUGCCCAAUCUUCUCCUGGGCCCACUCCAGGCGUCGAAAUCACUGGAGACUCUUCAGUCCCUUGGAGUCACCCACAUUGUAUGUAUACGCGAUGCCAAGGAAGCCUUCUCAGUGCGCCCUCGUUUUCCGGACCAUUUUCAAUAUAUGGUGCUCGACGUAGAGGACAGCGAGGAGCAGAACCUCAUCCGUCUCUUCCCUGGGGCCAAGCAAUUCAUUGACAACGCUAUACAAGGCGGAGGCCGUGUACUUGUCCACUGUAACGGUGGUAUUAGCUUGUCACCGUCGUUCGUGGUGAUGUAUGCCAUGCAACACUACAAUCUGAACUGGGAAGAUGCGCUCCACCUCGUCCAGAAUCGCCGAUACUGCAUCUCGCCAAAUGGUGGAUUCCUGUCUCAAAUCAAGGAGUAUGAAUCUAUCUACAAGGCGCGCAACGCAGUUGCCGCAUUCCCGCCACAAGCAAGACCAGGGAAUGUUAGGCGCAAGCGCGAGGACGAAGAAGACGACGAUGAGAAAGAAAGGUAUGCUUGA